CCUCACUACGCCUGGGAGUUGAAUUACAACCUGAACACCCACAAUGCUCACCCUCAAUAUUGCCUACACGGAACCAGUGAACAAUACCUCCGAUCCCUCCAUACCAGUCCUUACCCAGGAGCAAGUCUGGAAUGGAUUGAAACUAAAAGCUCGACAUCCGCAGGAUUUCAUUCCAUCUUUGGAUGAUUCCCGAAUUCUUGAGGAACGGGAUGAUGGAACCUAUAUCAUACGAGAGGCUCACGUUGCGGCCAACCUCCGUGAAUCCCCUAUGGCUGGAAAAUGGACCAGAGAAGAAUGUAAACUACAUGCGCCGGUCAGGACUUAUUUCACGUUACCAGGCGGGUCAUCCGUGGAAAAUAUCGUGUCGAUCGGACAUGACCAGAAUCUCUACCUUACGUUUACAUACGAAUGGAAAUUGACUGAUAUCGAGCCCGGGACAAAUGAGGCACAAAAGGCUAAAGAGGACCAUAUGAGAAUUGCUAUAUCCUCCGUGCAAGGAACUAUCCGGGCAUUGAGACGAAUGGCAGAGGAAAGGACUCUCUGAAAUUUGCGUCGUAAGUACUGAGGCGACCCCGAAUAACUUGACAAUGAAAAUUAAAUUGC